AUGGCGCCAGUAACAUUGAGCCAGAUUGACGAUGACCUCAAAGACGUAAUUCAGAAUUUUUUCGAAAUCCAGUCAGCAGUGCAUGGAUACCUGGGCCCAGAGACACAGCAAGAACUUGUCAAGAAACUAAAAUCGUUGACCAUUUCCCUUCAAACGCUCUCCGCACAUUCUGCAGCAGAUCCGUCGUAUGUUGAACCGUCACUAUCCCGGCUUAGCUUCUCCUCGCCGAAUCCCCCUCUACACAGCGUCAAGCUGCCGCCUGAAAUCAUCGACUAUGUCGACGCGGCGCGCAACCCGGAUAUCUACACGCGAGAGUUCGUGGAGCUAGUGCAGAAAAGCAACCAGGAUCUGAAGGGAAAGAUGGAGGCGUUCGCCAGUUUUCAAGAGGUGCUAGCUAAGGAGAUGGAGAGCGCAAUGCCAGAAUGUAAGAAGGAGAUUGAAAGGGUGAUGGAAGCGACCGGAGGGAAGACUAGGAGUUCGUGA